AAGAAGAGUGAUGGCUCCUUUUACUUUUCAGGUUAACAUCGUAACAUGUGGCAAAUGUUGUGGAAGUUUUAACAUAAAAUAUUUAAGAACUUAAAGAAAAUCCAACAAAAAUGUCGCUUUACAAUUUUAAAAAGAUAGCUGUGGUUCCCACUGCGAAGGAUUUCAUUGAUAUAAUAUUAUCAAAAACACAGCGAAAGACCCCCACAGUUGUACACAAACAGUACAAAAUUACAAGAAUCAGAGCCUUUUAUAUGCGCAAAGUGAAAUUCGCCCAACAAAGUUUUCAUGAUAGGCUUUCUCAAAUGUUAACAGAGUUUCCAAAAUUAGAUGAAGUUCAUCCUUUUUAUGCUGAUUUGAUGAACGUGCUGUACGAUAAGGAUCACUACAAAUUGGCUCUUGGUCAAAUAAAUACAGCAAGACAUUUGAUUGAUACUGUUGCUAAAGAUUACGUAAGAUUGUUGAAAUUCGGUGAUUCUCUGUAUCGUUGUAAACAACUCAAGAGAGCAGCAUUGGGGCGAAUGGCAACCAUUAUGAAGAGACAAGCUUCCAAUCUUACUUAUCUGGAACAAGUGAGACAACAUUUAGCUCGGUUGCCUUCAAUUGAUCCUUAUACAAGAACUAUUUUAAUAUGUGGUUUCCCAAAUGUUGGUAAAUCCUCAUUCAUCAACAAAAUCACCAGAGCUGAUGUUGAAGUGCAGCCAUAUGCUUUCACAACUAAGUCACUCUACGUAGGUCACAUGGAUUAUAAAUAUCUCAGAUGGCAAGUAAUUGAUACGCCUGGUAUUUUGGACCACUCACUGGAAGAACGCAACGUCAUAGAAAUGCAGGCUGUAACAGCUCUUGCCCAUCUAAGAGCAUGUAUUUUAUAUUUUAUUGACCUCUCGGAACAGUGUGGUCAUACUCUCGAUGAACAGGUGAAGCUCUUUGAGUCUAUCAGACCUCUUUUCGCAAACAAACCAUUGAUAGUUGUUGCGAACAAGUGUGAUAUUAUCAAACUAGAUGAGUUGCCAAAGGAGCGUAGAAAUGUACUGAAAGAACUGGAAGAAAAUAAAGAUAUUAUAAUUAUCGAGAUGUCUACUGUCAAUGAUAUGGGUGUUAUGGAAGUCAAAACAGAAGCUUGCGAGAAGCUCCUGAGCUUCAGAGUUGAUCAGAAGAUGAGAACGAAAAAGGUUGAUGGCGUGUUAAACAGACUCCAUGUAGCAAUGCCAAAAACACGUGACGACAAACUUAGACCACCUUGCAUACCUCCUUCAGUGUUGGCCAAAAAACAGGAACAGGCAGAAAAGAAGAAACGUAAAUUAGAGCGUGACAUUGAAUUAGAGGAAGGAGAUGAUUACGUACUGGACUUGAAGAAGCAUUACGUUGACAUUCCUGAAGAGGAACGAUACGACAUCAUCCCUGAAAUCUGGGAAGGCCAUAACGUUGCCGAUUAUAUUGAUCCCGAUAUCUUUGAGAAGCUGGCAAGUCUAGAAAAAGAAGAAGAGUUACGUGAAGAAACUGGAAUGUAUGUCGUUCCGAAAAUCGAAUUGGACGAGACCAUGGAAGAGAUCAGGAAGCUUGCCUUGCAGAUCAGGAACAAAAAAGCCAUCAUUAAAGACGAAGCAAGGAUCAAUAAGCAAAGUAGGAAACCAGUCAUGCCCAGGACUGCUGGUGCAAAGGUUAGAGAUCGCUCUGUAUCAAAACUUCGUAACGACAUGUCCAAACUGGGAGUAGAUCUAGCCGACAGCGAAGAAGCUCAUUUCACUAAGACCAAACAAAGGAGCAGAUCCAUGGGGCCUCCCGCUAAACGAAUGAGGAUGGAAACCAGUGACAGCACAUCUCUCAACAGAUCCAGGUCAAUGUCCAAGCCCCCCAGAAACGAACUAGGAGUCAAGGAUGUAGCCAUGAAGAAGAAACUGGCUAAGAUCGCACAUCGCGCCAUCAGCAAGAAAGUCAAGAAGAUGGGUCUCAAGGGAGAGGCUGAUAGGUUCAUCGGAACCAAAAUGCCCAAGCACUUGUUCUCCGGGAAGAGAGGAACAGGAAAAACUGAUAGAAGAUGAGGGAAAUCCGUUUGUUUUGUUGGGUAUAUUUUAUUAGGAACAUUGAUGUGUUAUUUUGAAAUUGUGACACAAUAAACUAACUGUUGAAGAAUA